AUGUCCAACCCCACAAAUCUGCUUUCGCAGCAUUUCUGGACCAAUGGUGAUGCCCUUCUGGGGAACUUUACGCCAUCGGCCCGUAGCUGCAACUCAACUCGCGUUGGACCUGAUAAGCAUGCUGUCUGAGUUGCGAGAGCUCAAUUGCCCCCACGGCAAGCAUAUAAUGCGCCCUGCGCCAGUAUUCCUCUUUGCCUGUGCUACUAUACUUUAUCCGUGUGUUUGUCGCCCACAAUCACUAUGGGUGCUCCAUCGUUGAAGGACCUCGAGGAGGCCAAGACCGAAGUGAAAGCGCCGGAGGUGUAUGACUAUGAGGACCCACAAGCGCUGAAGGGAGAAAUCCAUGAAGGCCCUAACACGGACACUCACCGUGGUUUGUCCUCCCGACAAUUGCAGCUGAUUGCCAUCGGUGGUUGUAUAGGAACGGGUCUCUUUGUAGGCUCAGGAUCUACUUUGGCCACUGUGGGCCCGGCACCGCUGUUCAUGGGCUACUUUGCCAUGUCGUCGGUGGUCUGGUUCGUGAUGAAUGUCCUGGGCGAGAUGACCACAUAUCUGCCCAUCAAGGGUAUCUCGGUGCCUUAUAUUAUUGGCCGCUACACGGAGCCCAGCAUUGGCUUCGCUGCUGGAUAUAACUACUGGUAUUCGUUCGCCAUGUUACUCGCAAGUGAAGUGACGGCUGCCGGCAUCAUCAUCCAGUACUGGACCACCUCCAUCAAUGUGGGGGUCUGGAUAACGAUCAUCCUCCUCGUGAUCUUGCUCCUUAAUGUUGUCGCAGUGUCAUGGUACGGAGAAGCCGAGUUCUGGUUUGCAACAUUGAAAAUCCUCGCCAUUAUUGGUCUUAUCAUCCUGGGAAUUGUGCUCUUCUUUGGUGGAGGUCCUAACCAUGAUCGUCUGGGUUUCCGCUACUGGGACAACCCCGGCGCAUUCAACCCUUACCUGGUCGCUGGAAGCACCGGCCGGUUCCUUGACUUCUGGACGGCGUUUAUCAAGUCCGGCUUCUCCUUCAUUUUCUCUCCCGAACUUAUCACCACUGCUGCUGGUGAAGUCGAAGCUCCCCGCCGCAAUAUCCCCAAAGCUACCAAUCGUUUCAUCUACCGAGUGUUUACCUUUUACAUCCUGGGGACUCUUGUCAUUGGUGUUACCGUGGCCUACAACGACCCGCAUCUCUUGUCUGCCGUUGCCAGCGGAAGCUCCACCGCUAGUGCCAGUCCUUUCGUCAUCGCUAUCCAAAACGCUGGUAUCUCUGGACUGAAUCAUGUGGUCAAUGCCGCUAUCCUGAUCUCCGCCUGGUCGUCGGGUAACGCCUGGUUGUUCGCUGGUUCUCGGACGCUGUACUCGCUCGCCUGUGGCGGCCAUGCUCCCAAAAUCUUCAGCCGAUGCAACAGGAACGGUGUACCUUAUUACGCUGUGCUGAUCACCUGGGCAGUUGGUCUGCUAUCCUUCUUGAACCUAUCCGACUCUGGUGCGAAUGUCUUCUACUGGUUCACCAACAUCACCACGGUGGGGGGUUUCAUCAACUGGGUCCUGGUUGGCAUUGCCUAUCUUCGAUUCCGAAAAGCAAUGAACUACCACGGCCUACUGGACAGCCUGCCUUUCAGGACCCCUCUGCAACCCUAUGGAACGUACUACGUUAUUGUCAUCGUGAGCCUUCUGACCAUCACAAAUGGGUACGCGAUUUUCUUCCCUGGCCAGUUUACGGCCGCCGGUUUCCUGGUGUCGUACAUUGUGGUGGCCAUUUUCUUGGCCCUCUACGUGGGCCACAAGAUCUGGUACCGAACACCUUGGCUCACCAAGGUGUCGGAGAUCGAUGUCUUUACGGGUAAGGAGGAGAUUGACCGGCUCUGCGAGAACGACUUUGAGCGGCAGCCCCGGAAUUGGCUGGAACGUGUGUGGUGGUGGGUUGCGUGAGCAGCCUUCCAGACAAAUUGCUAGUGCAGUAGUAUACAGAAGAUUUGGGCGACACAUAUGUACAUAAUUAUUUUAAACACCCACAAAUAGAACCAAACUGGC